CAUUUAUAACCAUUUCUCUUUCUGGUAUGUAUGCGGAGACAUCAAACCUAACAAGGUGCAUACGCGUCGCUUCUUUUUGGCCAAAUAUGCGGCGCGUUCUUCGAUGAGGCAAGUCAGUUUUCUUUUGUUGGUAUCGACUGCGGGGUCCGAACUUAUUCUGCGGUGGAGCCCUAAACAUCACUGCCGCAAGGCAUCAGUGACAGUUAUUGGAUAUUUCAUCAGGUAUAAAACUUGUAUUCUUACUUAUGUCCUCCCGCAACCUUUCAAACCUCCUUUCACAUUUCACCUACCAUGGCUAGAUCCAUAACUCGCACGCACGGUGUCAAGCUCAACCCCCUCUUUAUUGGUUCUCCCAGUGGGGAGCGCUAUCACGUACAAGUCCCCAUAGAAUGGGAUGUGCGCUACAAUCCAAUGCAUUAUGCAGAUGUAGCAAACAUACCUCUAUUGUCAUCCCACCUGUCACAGUUUGCAACUAAUCCUCCUAUCCCAAAGUUGCAACUCGUCUGUGACCUACUGUCCCCUGGAUGGGAGAUAAUAGUCCGUAAUCCAACCGGGGUGACAGUGCAAGAUGUGUUAGAAGCGAUUUAUGAGACACUCCGCGGGCUUCUGCGGACGUAUGAGUGGGAGGGCAUGUCGCUCAAGCAGCGCAGCCGUAUUGAAGAUGUACACCGCGCGCGCUGCACGGCGUCUUCAGACCCUGAGUACACACGCUUGGCGGGUGUGCGCAGAGUGGAUUGUCUGCUCUCAACGACCAUGUUUGCCGGACUUACCUCGUUGGUCAGGAGGAGAGAGCAGUGGCAGGUGGUCCUCACGCUGUCACGCGAUUUUAGACCCCGUCCCUACUACUAGCUGGUAGUAUGUUCUCUCAGCAGUGCUGAUGAGAAUGUGGCGCAUUGAAAAAAGGAGAAUCACUUAUGAACUAAUUUGCUGACCUACAGUUUUAUUUUACUAUAUCAGACCCCUC